AUGGCUUUCCUCGUCAAAUUCCUCGUUGCAGCUCUCUUAGCUUGCACCAUCGCCGCCUCACCGGCCGCGACGGCGCGGCCACUCGCCUCCCGAUUACAAGCGGACAACUCUUCGGAGAGCAACGACUGCUGGGACUCCCUGUUCGAGCUGCAGUCGUGCAUGGGGGAGGUCAUCACCUUCUUCCUCAACGGCGAGACCUCCCUCGGCGCCGACUGCUGCCGCGCUGUCCACACCGUCGAGCACCACUGCUGGCCCGCCAUGCUUGGCUCCCUCGGCUUCACCGCCGAAGAGGGAGACAUCCUCCACGGCUACUGCGACGCUGAGGAAGAAGACGACGACCUUCUCCACCCGCCGCCACAGCCUCUUUCCGGCGCAGAAAACGCCGUGGGUUUUAUGCAAAACACCCACCCAUGA